AUGACGCUUCCGAGGGCGUACCAAGGACCUCUGCUGGAGGCUGUGGUUCGGCGACAACGAGGUGCUUUCCGAGAUCAACCUUCGCGGCACGUGUACCGGUCUGGAGGUGAGGCGAACGACGUCGAGGUGUUCUGCGCCGUGGUAGGUAAUGAGGGCGAGGCGUUCAAGACAGCACGGACGGACCGGAACGAGGCCCCGAUGGAUUUUGCGAUCGUAACUGGCUGGCAGGCCACCAUGAAGGCAAUCUUCCCAGCCACCAUCGAUGACGACUUGCUCAAGCCGGCCCACCUUACGUGCGGGUUCCGACGUUGUUGA